AUGCUGUACGUGGAUGGAAUGAACGGAAUCGUCGCCCAUAACGCGACCAUCCAGUGGCUGUACGAGCUGUUGGACUCACCGCUGUACGACGAAAAGGAGCGCAAGGAGAUGAGCCCCUACAGGCAGGAAUGGUUCCGCUUGGUCGUGAAAACGGCUCUGAAGCUGCUCCUCGUCUUCAUCGAGUACAACGACAACAAUUCACUGCUCGUGCUCGCGGCUGUUUCGGCUGUUGAUAAGGCUGCAAACCGUUCUGAUUGGACCCUGUUGGUGAAGGCGGUCAGCGAAAAAGACUGCCCGGAUCCGGAAACGCUCGUCAUCGGCAUGACGGUCAUUAACAAGGCUCUUCACGGAAUCCCCGAUCGGGAUACUUUCUACGACUGCACAGACACGUUGGAGGAGCUCGGUAUGGACAAAGUGAUGAAGCAAUUGACCGCUACCAAUAACAAGGAGCUGAUCGAGCAGUGCAGGCUGUAUGAGAGGGAACUGAACCAGGAAGACGCCGCCGAAGAGGGUAGCAGUGAUGCCAGCGAUGAUGGCACGGCGAGAUUACGACCUGCCGUUGUCUCCAGAGCUUCCUCAAAUUCCUCGCAAGAUCGUCGUUCAUUAAUGCGGAGACGGCAUCAGGAGUCCCUGCAACGCCAGGAAGAGCACCUCUCUGUCACCCAGAAUCGCCAGAUUUUCGAAAAGCCGAAUGCCAGACCCGUCUCGCCAGAACCACCAAGGCAGCCCCUGGCUUCUUCCUGGAGGACCGAGCAGUCAAAGACGCCAGAACCGAAUAAUAACCAUACGCCGGCCCCGAUCAUCUCCACGUCGCCCGACCUUUCGAAGGAGCGCAAGAUCCCCGAACCGAUUAAGCUCAUCGAGAAUCAGGAGAACGAGGUCCCAGAUGAGGUGGCGGAGGACGAGAAGCCGGUCAAAGCCCCGCCGCCCUCCUUCCCGACGUUGUUCUCCCCCACGGAGAGCAAACAUAUGGACUUCCCGGAGCCGUCCACCUCCACAGCCACGCCGGCUACUAAUUACGGAGGUUCCGGCAUUAAUGGCUACCAGCGCGACAUCCACAGCCCGCCCCCUCGAGCACAGAUCGAGAAAGACGAUGGCGAGGGCUCUGAUUCCGGAACCACCAAUUGUUUUGCGGCUUUGUUACAAAAAAGAGCAGCCAAGGCAGCUGAAGGGAAUCGAGCUGCUUUUGAGCCGAAGAUGAAUGAGGGGGAGAUGCAGUGGAAUAGGGCUGCCGAAUCCCUCAAGUCCAAACCAUUGAUCAUCAACGACCUCGACUUCUCCGAGUUCCACGCCGACGAGUACGAGCAGGACCCGUUGGUGAUGGCCCGGCAAACGAUACAACAAGAGAAAAUCGCAGCCGGUGGAGGCUUCAUCCCACCUCCACCCGGAAGUAUCCCACUACCGCCUCGGUGUAGACUGCAUUGGAAAGCUGCGCAAGCUGAGGCUCCGCCAGUGCCGACCUUGAAGAAUAAGGGUACCUUCUGGAAACAGCUCGACCUCCCGGCAAUCGACGCCAGCAAGUUGGCGCAGCUUUUCGAGGCCAAGGCGAAGGAUAGUGGCGUGAAGAAGACAAGCGGUGACGUGAAGCCUCAAGUCCUCCAAGUGCUCUCUCUGAAGCGAUCCCAGACGAUCAACAUCGGAUUGACAAAAUUGCCACCGGUCAAUGUGAUCCCAACAGCCAUCAUGAAAUUCGAUGCCCUCGUCCUGAACAAAGAAAUGAUCGAAAAAAUCCUGCGUGAAAUGAUGCCCUCCACGAAGGAAAUUGAGGAGAUUGAGAACAAGCAGGCCGAAAACCCGGAUAUGCCAUUGGGGAAUGCUGAACAAUUCCUACUAAAAAUCGCCUCAAUCCCAUGCCUCCUGGAGAGACUGAAGCUAUGGAUCUUCACUCUCGACUACAAAAAUGCAGAGAAAGACCUCGCUGAGGCAUUGAUGGACAUGCAGAGGGCGAUGGACGAAAUGGAAAAGUCGAAGACGUUCAGUGUCGCGAUGGGAAUGUUGUUGAAGAUCGGGAACACGUUGAACGGGACUGAUAUCAAGGGCUUCUACCUGGACUACUUGGCGAAGGCGUCGGAGGUGAAGGAUCCGGUCUACAAGCAUCCCUUGACGUGGCAUCUCGCUGAAUACAUGAUCGAGCACUUCCCAGAGGGGACCGACUUGUAUUCAGAAUUCGGAGCUGUCGCGAGGAGUGCUAGGGUCGACUACAAGGAGCUCCUCGAAGGUCUGAAGAAGCUGGAGCACGACUGCAAGGUCUCCUGGGAGUACUUGGCCAAGAUCUCGAAGAACGACCAAUCGAGCAUGAAGCAGAAGAUCAACGACUACCUCACCGACGUUGCACAGAGGAUUCAUCAGCUGAAGGCUAUCUGGAGAUUGUCGCAGAAUAGGUGGCAUGCCUUCCUAUUCUACUUCGGCUACUCGGUCCAAGAGAUCCCCGACAUGAAGCAGAACGAGGUGUUCAAGAUGGUCACCGAAUUCGCGCUGGAAUACCGUACCACCCGGGACAAGAUCCUGCAGCAGCGGAAACGGAUGGCCGAGAAACGGGAGAGGAAUAAGACACGCGGAAAGAUCUGGGUCGAUGGAGCUGGCGCAGAGGGGCCGGCAAGCGGAAGUACGACGGUGAAAUCAAGGAGGCCACCAAGUGACAUGAGCGUCGAGCAGCGCCAAGAUGAGCUCUCAAAGAUGUUGACCAGCCUUGCCGAUGCCGCCACAACCGGAAAUGGUACCCUAAGAAGAGUACGCGCCGCUCCGGACCGUGAUUUUGCCCGACAUGUCGUUGGCCAGAGAGAGGCAAUGCGCAAAGAUCCGAAUUCACCCCUGGAUGGUGGGGAUGAUUUGGAGAAUGCGUUAUUGGACGGUCUGGUUCGAGCAGCCACCGGUCUCACAUCAGCUGAACCCAGGGAACGACGCCGAGCACGACAGCUCAACCGGAAAUCUUUACGCCGUACGAGGACGCUGAAGCUUGGCGAUGAAGCGUACGCGUCGCUGGAGGAAGCGCUCAAGAGUUACGGG